UGAGGAAUGUUUAAAUAAAACUUUUGUGAGGUAGUGGAGUAUUAUAGCAAUGAUUGAAUGGGGACUGAGCUAUGAAACAUUUAUAUAUUCUUCUAAAAAGUCCAAAUAAAAGGAGUGGUGGAGCAUUGAUAUUUUUCUAUGGAAUUUUAAGUAGUCCAAACAAGAACGAAGAACAUCGGAAACGCAGUCCAAUCUCAUUGUUUUUUUUUUUUUCCGGAUGGCAACAGAGCUCAAAGUUCUCAACCUCUCGAAUUGUCGGUCUUUGAGAAGAACUCCCGACUUAUCCACUUUCAAAAGCUUGGAGAUUUUAUCAUUUGAAGGAUGCUGGCAUCUAGAAGAGAUUCGUCCUUCUAUCGGUGACAUCAAGACCCUUGUCUCCUUGAAUGUCAGGUGUUGUAAGAGACUGAAGGAGCUACCGGCAGGAGUUGGUAGAAUGGAAAAAUUGAGGGAACUUCUCUUAGAUCAUACGGAUAUACAAGAGAUUCCUAUUUCGAGAGGUUGUUUGACGAAGCCGGAGACACUAAGUGCCUCAUCUUGUAGACGAUUGGCUCAACUUCUAGAAUCCAUGGGCUCCCUUGUGUCGUUAACUUUAUUGGACGUAUCCGGGACACGGAUUGAAGAAUUUCCUGAAUCCAUUGGUUCUAUGAAGGAGCUUAGGACUCUUGAUGCCUCUAAUUGUGUGUCGCUCGCCCGCAUACCUAGCUCCAUAGGCCAUCUAGCAUCAUUGCAGUGCUUGUUAUUAUGGGGAUGCCCCUCAUUGAGAGAAAUUCCUCAUUCAAUUGGGAACUUGGCGUCAUUGGCCGAACCGCAUUUAGCAAGGACAGCAAUUGCAGAAUUACCCGAAAGCAUUGGAAAUCUGCAGAAGUUGAGGAUCUUGGACAUUUGUCGAUCUCGCAUAACGGAAUUGCCUGGUGCCAUUGGAAUGUUGGCGGAACUCCAAGAGUUGAGAGCUUCAGGAUGCAAAAAUCUGAAAGGACUACCUAGUGAAAUAGGCGAACCGGUUUCCCUAAACAAGCUUAAUUUAGACAAGUCGGGCAUUACGGGCUUGCCGGAAAGCAUUUCUAAGCUCUCUUGUGUCCAAAACCCGAGGGUUCGAUAUUGCCAAAAGCUUCGAGAAAUACCAGAACUGCCCUCCGGCAUAACAGCUCUAUGUAUCACCCGCCGUAGUACAUCCUUGCCGCAUCUUUCCCAGCUAACCCUUCUCAAGAAGCUCACUCUUUGUGAUUGCCCUUGGCUUGAAUAUCUUCCACAGCUGCCCGUUGGGCUAUCGAUGCUUUCUAUUACACGUUGUGGAAAAUUGAAAGCAGUGACGGAUUUGUCGAAUUUGAAGAACUUAUCUGAAUUGUAUCUUGAGGAGUGCUAUGAGCUAACAGAAGUCACCGGCCUGGAAGGUUUACGGUCCCUCUAUAACUUACGGGUACGGGAAUGCCCUAAUAUAUCAUGGCUUGAUGGUGCCGAAUCCCGUGAUUCUGCAUGCUCGACAUGAUAUCGAGAACCAGACUUUUAGAUUAAUAACCUCUGUGCAAGUUCUGCAUUCGAAGGUUGUGGUUGUGUUAAACUUUUAUAUUCUGUUUGAGAGGGUGUGAAUCCAAUAGGCUGCAAGUCUGCAAUAGUGAGUUC